UUUAGUCUAGACCUUCAAGGUAAACCCCUCUCGUUGCCUCUAUUGCAGCGCCACCAACUGAAAGCACCCUUCUCACAGCCGCCCGAAAAUCUUCAAGAAAACAAGAAUGGCCGAACCUGCUGACAAAUUAGAGAAACCCCAAAAUGCUGAAAACGAAAAAGAAGCAGCAGUAGUAGAUGAAGAAUUAGAAGAGGAAGAAGAAGAAGAAGACGAAGAGGGAGAAUUAUCAUGGUCUUCAGACUCAGAAAUUGGUGAAGCUUUAGAUUAUUUGGACACAAAAGAUGAUUCUGAAUCCAUAAAUGGUGCUUUUAGUCUCCAAACUAGACGCCCAAAUGCUCAUGGAGGACUUCAUUCUCGGCCCAAUUCUUCUGCUUUACAACCUCUUUCUAAUCGUACCCAGAAAUUUUCUAAUCAUAUUAGAGCUUCACCAUUAGAGGAAUGGGAAGGGAGGAUCAAAGUUGGUAUGUCAAACUCUGUGACUACGGCAAUUCGUGGAAGUGUUCGGGAUAUGGCUAUUGGUAAAACUAAAACAACGGAGAAGGCAGACCGUGCCACUGUUGAACAGGCAAUUGAUCCAAGAACAAGAAUGGUUUUGUUUAAAAUGCUGAACCGCGGUGUCUUUCAUGAUAUCAAUGGCUGUAUUUCAACUGGGAAAGAGGCCAAUGUUUAUCAUGCAACAAAAGCUGAUGGUCAGGAACUGGCAAUCAAAGUAUACAAAACUUCAGUCCUUGUAUUCAAGGAUAGAGAUCGCUAUGUACAGGGUGACUAUCGCUUCAGAUAUGGAUACUGCAAGCACAAUCCUCGGAAAAUGGUUAAAACAUGGGCUGAGAAAGAAAUGAGAAAUCUAAUGAGGCUGAGGGCAGCUGGAAUCAGGUGUCCAGCUCCACUUCUGUUGAGGCUUCAUGUUCUUGUUAUGGAAUUCAUAGGGAAAGGAGGCUGGGCUGCACCUCGACUAAAGGAUGCUGCUUUAUCUCUUGACAAGUUACGUGAAUGUUAUGUGGAGAUCAUUAUGGCAAUGCGAACUCUAUAUCAGAAGUGCAAGCUAGUGCAUGGUGACUUGAGCGAGUAUAAUAUCCUAUAUUACGAGGGUCACUUGUAUGUUAUUGAUGUUUCACAAUCAGUUGAUCUUGAUCAUCCUCAUGCACUUGAUUUCCUCCGAGAGGAUUGUGUCCAUGUUUCUGACUUUUUUAAAAAACAUGGUGUGGCCGUGAUGACAAUUCGGGAGUUGUUUGAUUUUAUAGUUGAUCCUACUAUUGAUGAUGAUUCAGUGGAUAGCUAUUUGGAAAAGGUUCAAGAAAAAAUUAUGGCUAGAGGUGAGAUGACUGCAGAAGAAGAAAUCGCUGACUCUGUAUUUAUUCAGUCAUUUAUCCCUAAGACUCUUGAUCAUGUGAAAGACGCUGAAGCAGAUGUUCAACGCAUUAUUAGUGGUGAGGACACAGGAGACAUGUACUACAAGACUAUUACAGGUCUGAAGCAGGCUCUCUCAGGGACAAACCCUUCGGCAGAAAAUCAGCAGCACGAACAAAAUGGUGAACGGGGACCAGAGGCUGCAGCUGAAAUCGACAAAGAAUCUGAUGGUGAAUUAGAGACCGAGUCAGAUGAUGACGAUGAAAGUGAUUCUAGCGAAGGCUUUUCAUCCGAUGGUGAAAAACAAACAGCUGCUGAAAAGAAAACAGCUAGAAAAGAGAAUAAGAAGAAAGUUAAAGAAGAGAAAAGGGAAGCACGAAAACAUAAAGUACCAAAAGCUGUGAAAAAGAAGAAGAAAAAGUUGGCCAAGGCCAAGAAGUAUAGGUAAUCAAAUCAGCUGUAAUGUAAAAGAAAGUUCUGUUUUUUGAGGUUUAAAUUGUGUAGAAAGGAUGUUGAAGGUCUUAGGUUUUAGAGGUUAAAUUAUAGAAAGCAGAGUGAAGGUUGCUGCAAUCAUGAACAGUUUCCACAGGUAAUAUUCUGUUGUGGCAUAAAGUUGCAAUUUCCAACAAUUUUGGCCAAAUUAGUGUAACUUCUUUUCAUUUUAACCAAUCAAGACAGAUUUUCCCACCCUUUUAUGUACCAUAUUUGUCCAGCCUAUACUUCAAGCAAAUAGGAUUUGAUUUGCCAUUUUUGUUAA